CAUGCUCACAGCCGAAGUCGCAACCAGCCUAUGGCCGUGAGUCAACCAUGGCCGAAUCAGCCCAUCCUGGUUUAGUCCACCUUGCUUUCCGGUCCUCUCCAUCAUCUGAUGCUACAACAAAACAGUGGUGUGGCAGCAAAAUUUUAACAGCAUUUUAAAAAAAAUGCUGCUAUUGCUAUUGUAGAAACAUGGGCCCAUUUUUUUUUUUUUUUUCAUUUUUUUUUUUUUUUGUCCAUGGUUCCCUUUCUCUCUCUACCCCCACUCCUAAUAGCCGAUCACUUUCUCUCUCUACCCCCGCUCCCCUCUCUCCCUCUCUCUCUCUCUCUCUCUCUCUCUCUCUCUCUCUCUUACUUCUCAUCUACUCUCUCUCUCACACACACAAGUUAAACCUUGUGUAUUGGGGAUGGUGAUGGUGAUGGAUCCGUAGAAAUGAAUCGGAGUUUGAAGGAAUAUCUGAUCGGAGGGAGGUCGCAGCACCGGCGAGGUCUUAAUCUCAACGGAGUGUCCGAGGAUACGGACAAGAACUUGGAUCUUUUCUCUAGGAAUCGCCGGAGUCUCUCCGUUGCUUCGUCCGACGAAUCGGACGUUUCAAUGAAAUUGGGGAGACUUUCAGUUGGAUCAGCGAAACCGUCGAGGAAUGGGAUAGAUGAUAUAUUGUCAUCAACUGACGAAGGGAAGCACGACUACGAUCGAUAAAUUUUGAAUAUUUUCCUUCAUUGAAUUGAUUUAUAUGCUUUUCACUCCUCCUUAAAUCCCAGUUUUUCCUUCAUCGGAUGGAAAUGAGUCUAAAGUCUAAACCAGCCCCAGAAGCUCCAAGAAGGUCUUCCACGGUUAAACCAGACUCUACAGCUAAGACUUCAAGGGGAUCUUCUUUUAAGGAACUUGUUAAAAUGGUUUUAAAGUAUCUUGGGUUGCAGAUCUCUAAUAUGAUGUUUGCUGGGAAAUUGUCAACCCAGUCCAUGCUAGUCCUGAGUUUUCCAGUGUAAGAAGCACCCUAAGUUAAUCGAACUCUUCGGCACAUCAGAAUCUGAAUUUUCCAGUGUCUCUACAUCCAUGAAGGACCUGUGUCAUGAUGUUUUUGGGAUAUCAAAGGAAAAGAAAGAUCCAAGAGCUGUGAAAGGGAACCGAGAAUUGCUAGAUGCAUUGCCUGAGAAAAGAACAUUUGAGGAUGGUGGUUAUUUGUCUGAUGAUGCCAAAGAGGUUGAUUCAGAGCAGUUUGAAAAGAUCCUAAAGUGUAUAAGAUCUGGGAUCGAUAGUGGAGUUACCCUUGAGACUGGAGGUGAGAGAUUUGGUACCAAGGGCUACUAUAUCGCGCCCACGGUUUUCUUUAAUGUUCAGGACAAUAUGUCUAUUUCAAACGAGGAGAUCUUUGGUCCCGUGCAAUCUUUCUUAAAAUACAAGGAUCUUAAUGAUGUGAUACGAAGGGCAAAUGCGUCUCGUGUAUGGGCUGGCUGCAGGGGUAUUUACUCAGAACCUCAGCACCUCAGCACCGCCAACACCUUGAUGCGUGGCUCAUUCUGUUACUUUUGUGAUCUGAUUGUUUCCUUCUUCUAUUUGGGACUUAUUUGAUGCAUAAUUGUUGCUUGUAUUAAUUCGAAUACUAGUUAUUGGUUUCUAAUACGUUAUAUGUUUUAUUUCAGGUUGCUCGUAGAGAAGGAUGAUACUUGGAGGAUAUAUAUGGAGUCUCUCCCCAUUUUUUUUCUUUUUCUUUUUUUAAAUGAUUUGAUGAGACAUUAAAAAUCUUUUAUUUCCCUUGUUAUUGAGACAUAGCUACACUAAUAAAUGCAUUGUAAUCCCUUUUUUCUUUC